AUGUCAAGCAAGACAAGUGACCAAUCAGCAUACACGGUUUCCUUCCUUAAGACUGAUAACACCAGAAAAAACAAUGCCACUACCGACAAUAACAACGGCAACAGUAACAACAACAACAACAACGGCAACAAUGCAUCCGCAGAGACUGAAAAAGACGCUAAUAAGGAGAACAUACCUGGUUUAGAGGGGGAAAUCACAGCAUUCCGAAUUUUCAAGAAGAAGAGCACGUCAAGCUCAAAGACAUCACAUACUAGUAGUAACUUUAUAAAAAAGACUAUAUUCAAAAGGGACCUCUUGAAGCAGGAUUCGAAGAGAAAACUACAGCUGCAGCAGAGGUUUGCAUCACCGACUGAUAGACUAGUAUCACCAUGCUCGCUUAAGUUGAAUGAGCAUAAAGUGAAAAUGUUCGGAAAGAAACAGAAAGUCAACCCGAUGAAACUUAACUUCAAGGGUCAUCUCGAGGCCGAUUCGGAAGAUGUAGAAAUUGACGAAGAUGAGGAGUUCUUCUACUAG